UUUUUUUUAUAUUUAAAAAAUCAUAAAUAUGUUUUUAUAUAAAUAGAAGCUCUUGCCCGAUUUACGCAUAGCAGAAGGAACACUCGUGUGGAAGGCGAAGAAGAAGGGAAGGGAAUCGAAUCGAUCGAAGCAGCGAGAGAGAGAGAGAGAGAGAGAGAGAUUUUCUCCGAUCAUCGUCCUGAUUGUGAGUUCCGGUACAGAUUGGAACUUCGAAUUCCCAUUUCUGAUCAUUUGGCGUCGAGGUUUGACCUCCAUUUCGGGCGUGAUUUCUGGGAGGAAGAUGGCCUUGGGGGAGGGCGUGAAAUGCGGUGUGGUGGACGGGGAGGUGGAGGAGAUGCUAGGGUUUGGCUGCGUGAAGUACACGCGGGGGAUGGGGAGGAAGAGGAUCGUCAUCUUUAGCAAUGUCGAGACGUCGCCGGACGAUUCCGCCAUGCAUGCUCCUCUGAAGAGACAGUGCAGCGGGAGGCUCUCAAUCGAAUCCGACAAGUCUGCUCUUGAGACUCUUCCCCAGGACAUUUUGAUUCGGAUACUGUGUGGAGUGGAGCACGAGGACUUGAAGCAGCUGGUUCGGGUGUCGAAAUCGAUCAAGGAAGCUGUAAGUUUAAGCUGUCAUAGCGAAGCAAUGGCACUUCGCCUACAAAACCCCUACCAAAACCCGCGCAUUCAGGACUUCGAUUGGCCUCGCGGUCCCAAGCGGGGUCGACGAUAUUGAAACGCCAAAGGCCCCAUUGAGAUGUUUCAAGCCCCGGCUUUGCAGUAAGAAGCUCGUGGAGAUCUCAACAGUCCUGUUCGAUUCGCCCUAGAUCGAUGAUUGACAGCUCAAGAAAAGGUCCCGUCACUACAAAACCGAUCAGUGAGUCCUUGAUCGUAUUGGUUUUUCUCUGUAGAUAAAUUCCGUAGAUGAAAUGCUGGGAGAUGGUGGGAUAUGAAGUAGGAGAGACCUCAGCUCCUUCUGUGGAUCCUUGCCUUACACCUGAAGAUGGUGAUUUUUACAAUCCGGAGGCCGAUUUUCUUCAACCGGUUUCAUUGAAGAUGAAGAUCCGCUCGGUCUUUUACGAACAUGCCACGGUGCUGUGGUCCAAUCAAUGUCUGUACAUGUAUGGAUAGUUUAGGGAGAUUUAUAGAUUGAAAAUAUUCCAUUUUCUGCGGUAGUUAAUCCGAUAAUGAUGAGGGAUAUGUACAGUUCAUUGUUUAAUAAGAACAAACAUAAAACUUUUAUCCGUA